GCGCACUCCAACACACUCACACACUCCCAGAGAAUUUCACCCCAGAGAAUUUCACAGAGUAUUAGCAGCAGCCGCUGAAGAACACGACCUCGCCAACCCUCUCUCCCUCUAGAUCAAACGACGCCGUAUUCGCCGCUCUCACACCGAUAAACCCUAACACUCCUCACCAACCCCAACACUCCUCAAAUUUUCAGCUCUAGCAAAGAAAGAGAGAGAGAAAAUGGAGGCUCUGUACAGGCUCGAAGCUUGUGGAAUAGUGUAGGUUCUCAUCGGCGUUUCAGUUUCUCUCCGUCGCGUUCUUCUCAGUCGCUCUCUCUCUCUCUCUCUCUCGUUCUCACUCUCGCACUCCAACAUUUUCAUGGCUUGCCGGAGAUUGAGAUUGGCGGCGUGGAGCUUGGAUCCGGAGAGGAAGAGCAGCGGCGGAUUGAGGACGAAGCAGGCGGGGAGAGGAUCGUGCCGUGGAAGUUAGGCUCGACGGUUUCUGACUCGCCGGAAAUGUACGGUCUGUAGUCUCCGGCCAUAUAUCUCUGAAGUUUACCAUCGCUUUGAAAUCUCGGUUUCGCGCUGUGAUUGUGUUUUUGGUAUUGGAUUGUAAAAUUUGAAAUUUUUGAUUACUGAGAUCGGAAGUCAUGGGCGUUUUGCUCAAAGAAGCGCUUAAGAGGCUGUGCAGUGCCAAUCAGUGGGCUUAUGCCGUCUUCUGGAAGAUCGGCUGCCAAAACCCUAAUUUGUUAAUUUGGGAAGAAUCUCAUUAUGAACCAUUACUAUCGUCUCGACAUACACGCAUUGCUGGAACUGAAAGUGGUGAUUCACCAUUUGGAGAGUGGGAAGGAUGCUGGGUUUCCUCUAAAGUGUGUUCAUCUUCUCAUGGCAUUCAACCAGAGGAAAGAGUCUCUGCACUUCUUAACAAAAUGUUGAUGGAUAAACCAUUUACAAUAGUGGGCGACGGGAUCGUUGGACGAGCUGCAUUUACUGGACAUCAUCAAUGGAUUCUUUCAAGCAAUUACUCUAAAUAUGCCCAUCCACCAGAGGUCCUAAAUGAGAUGCACCACCAAUUUUCAGCUGGAAUGCAGACAGUUGCAGUUAUUCCUGUUCUCCCUCACGGCGUUGUUCAGCUUGGUUCUAGUUUGGCUAUUAUGGAGAAUAUAGGAUUCAUUAAUGACGUCAAGAGUUUGAUCCUGCAACUUGGAUGUGUUCCUGGUGCUCUUUUAUCUGAAAAUUAUGAGACAAAAAGUUCAGAUGAGAAAGUUGGGGUACCUUAUACUAUUGGAAUGCUGACAACUGUUCAUCCAGGCGGACAUACAACAAGUUCUACUCAUACGACGAGUAGCAGCAAUCAUCAAAACCACCCAUCUCAGGCUUCCAGGCUUGUUGGUCAACCUUCUCAUUCUCUUUAUGAAGAGAUUCAGAAUAUUUCUCAAGCUACUGCGUCAACAUUUCAAACUCCUAACCUUACCCAAAUUUUGCCUAAAAUUCAUGUUGACCGUCGACAACCAGUGAUGAAGCCAAAGUUUCCUCUUGGAGGCCAACUAAGGGAUGGAGUUGGGGUAGCUGAAGUGAUCUCCUCCAAUUCUGAUGCAUGGUUGAACCACCUUGCUCCUUCUAAUUUGAGGUGUGGACUCAAGUACCCAUGUGGUUCUGUUCAAUCAGCUGCAAGUCAGGGAAGCUUAGAGUUGAUGGAACAUCAGAUCUUGUCUGGUGGUAGCAUGAGGCCUACUUUUAGUAGCAAAAUUAGUGCAUCAAACGGUUUCAUGACUGAGCCUAGAACAGGUGGAAUUCUAACCCUUGAUCAGAGAAAAAGUUUGAUAACCACUCCAGCAUUGCUUGGGAGAAGUCAAACACAUGGUGGAUCGAGUACUCAUUCGAGGCCAACUUCAGCUACUUGUUCUCAUAUAGAGACACACGGGUCAGCUGACAUUAAUCUCUCUGGAACAUAUCUGUCUGGGGUUGAAUUUCAAAAGGCUGAUUCAUUCAAAACAGACAGGAUUUCUUUAUCUAGUUUGGCAGAUCAAUCAGCUUCUCAGGAUAUACUUUCAAAAGGCUCUGACCAGAGGCAGUUUUCCACAGAAGUGAAGCUUACUCAGAGUGAUUUGCCUCCAGUGGAGCAAAGGACGGAUAAUAAAUUGUUUCAAGUCCCAUUGACUCAUCCAUGUGAACAUGUAUCUUCGAGUGAUCACAUACCUCAGAUUCAUGAUGGUCUUGAUAAUAAAAUCUGUACCCCAGGAUCUGUAAAUGCUACAAACGAUGAUAUGUGUACUCAAACAGGGGAUGACUUGUUUGAUGUUUUGGGUGUGGAUUUCAAAAAUAAGUUGCUUAAUGGUAAUUGGAAUAGUUUGCUGGCUGAUGAACCAGGUUCAAACAAAAGAGAUCUUGCUGAGACUACUUUGGCAUUCACAAAUGUGAAGGAUCUGGUUUCUGAUUAUUAUUCAGCAAGUGAAGGCAUAUCAAACAGUAGCAUCUUCUCUGGGGCAGAUGCUGACCAUCUUUUAGAUGCUGUGGUCUCGAAGGCGCACUCUACUAUCAAGCAGAGCUCUGAUGAUAAUGCGUCUUGUAAAACAACAUUGACAAAAAUCAGUACCUCUUCUGUCCCUAGUGGUUCUCUCACUUAUGGACAGGUUAGCGUGUCUAAUCAAGUGCCGGGGGAGACAUUUGACGUUCCUAAGGAUCUUGGAAAAGCAGGCUUAGUAGAAAUCAGUUCUUUCCUAUCUGGGUGUAGCAGGGAUGAUGCAGGAAACUGUUCCCAGACUACCUCCAUAUAUGGAUCUCAAGUUAGUUCUUGGGUCGAACAGGGCAAUAAUUCAAAGCAUGAUAGUAGUGUUUCAACUGCAUAUUCUAAGAAGCCUGAUCUAAUGGGGAAAUCAAAUCGCAAAAGGCUGAAACCUGGCGAGAAUCCUAGACCAAGACCAAAAGAUCGCCAGAUGAUCCAAGAUCGUGUGAAGGAGUUGCGUGAAAUUGUGCCAAAUGGAGCAAAAUGUAGCAUAGAUGCACUGCUCGAACGUACCAUCAAGCAUAUGCUUUUCUUGCAAAGUGUCACUAAGCAUGCUGACAAGCUAAAACAAACAGGGAGAGCCAAGAUUAUUGGCAAAGAAGGUGGACUGCAUCUAAAAGAUAACUAUGAUGGAAGGGCAACAUGGGCUUAUGAUGUUGGGUCACAAUCUAUGGUCUGCCCCAUCAUAGUUGAGGAUCUAGAUUCACCUCGCCAGAUGCUUGUGGAGAUGCUUUGUGAAGAACAGGGUUUCUUUUUAGAAAUUGCUGAUAUAAUUAGAGGUUUGGGUUUGACCAUCUUGAAAGGGGUGAUGGAAACUCGGAAUGAUAAGAUAUGGGCACGCUUUGCUGUAGAGGCAAAUAGGGACGUAACAAGGAUGGAAAUAUUUAUGUCCCUUGUUCACCUUUUGGAGCAAACUGUAAAAGGCACCGCGCCAUCAGUCAAUGCUAUCAAGAACAACAGUAUGGUCCACCAUUCUUUCGCCCAAGCAGCCCCAAUACCUGCAACUGGUAGGCCCAGUGGUUUUCAGUGAACCACUUGCUAAAUACAGUGUUAAUCUGGACACAUUGACCUAAACCUGCAAUGCAUAGGCCGGUAGUUUGAGAUGAACUGUUAGCUCAAGUUGUUGGUCUGGACAUGUUCAGAGCGAGCCACUUUUUUGCUUGCCAUGACAAACAUGAGUUCUAGACACAAGCACCCUGGUAGUUCUUACGUUCACCAAAGUCAUCUACCACAGCCCAGGAUUCCUGACCUUUCUCACUUUUGGCGAGGAGAAAUUUGUCAAAUUAUUGAGGCUCCUCAAACAUUUUUCAUGUGUGUUUUCUUUUACACUAGAUAAGUAUCACAUGCCUGGAUUUUAGCCCUACUGAACUACUAAAAUUCUUAGUCACAUGAUUGACACUGGCAGUUUAUGUAGAGGCUAGUGAUUGCGUUUCAUUUAGGGGAUACAGAUUUCUACAAAUGUAUAGAGGCUGAAGGUUUAUUUUCUUUUCAAAAGUUGGUGUAUUGAUCAUUUCUGGUUCA